CACUCGUUCUUCAUUACACCCGAGGUUUACCACAGCUACGAAGCACCAGCUACUCGCUUCCAUCUAAACAUACGUCGAGAAAGCUUCAGUCAUGGCUGACUCUGCGUUUGACCCUACGCGCGUCAACCUCACCGACGCUUUGGGGGAUGGAUCUCUACAAACUCGAAUUACCUGUUAUUUGGCCGAAGCUGGAAACCAAUACGAUGGCGAUCUAGGCAUACGAAUAGGGUCCAUCUUCGUCAUCGGCGCCAUCUCAACCGCCGUGACAUUCUUCCCGGUGCUGGCGACCCGCGUGCCCCGCCUCAAAAUCCCUCUUUACGUCUAUCUUUUCGCUCGAUAUUUUGGCUCAGGCGUAAUCAUCGCCACUGCCUUUGUCCAUCUGCUUGACCCUGCGUACUCGGAAAUCGGUCCAGCCUCGUGCGUCGGCAUGACUGGUGGCUGGGCCGGAUACUCAUGGCCACCAGCUAUUGCUCUUUCCGCGGCCAUGAUCACCUUCUUGCUGGAUUUCAUGGCAGAAUACUACGUUCAAAUGCGCUAUGGCUUGCCUCAUAAUGUGGUUGACGUUGAGGACACCAUCACCAGCACAGAGGGGAGGAACACACACCAACAACUACAUUCCGGAGAUGUGGACGACUCUCUCGAACAGGGGCGCGCCUCAUCAACGAGCCAGAAAGCAUAUGGCGACAUGACGGAGUUGAAGAAUCUUUCAGGUGACUCCCCGGAAACGGAACUCGCCUUUAUGACGCAGAUUGCGGCCUUUCUCAUCUUAGAAUUCGGAGUCCUCUUUCACAGCGUCUUCAUUGGAUUGAACCUGGGAGUAGCCGGCCGCUCCGAUUUCGACUCCUUGUUCCCUGUCUUGGUAUUUCAUCAGUCUUUCGAAGGUCUCGGUAUCGGAGCAAGGCUUAGCGCAAUCCCAUUUCCGAGUCGUCUCUCCAGCAUGCCUUGGCUGCUAUGUGCCGCAUAUGGUCUGACGACUCCUAUUGCCAUUGCCAUCGGUCUGGGGCUGCGGACCACGUAUGACAACUCAUCCUACACGGCCAAUCUUGUCAACGGGCUGUUUGACUCAAUCUCGGCCGGCAUUCUCAUCUACACCGGUUUCGUCGAGAUGCUUGCGCGAGAUUUCCUCUUCAACCCCGAACGAACAAAUGACAAAACUCGUCUUUCCUUCAUGAUUGUUUGCUUGUUUCUUGGCGCUGGAAUUAUGGCCUUGGUUGGCAAGUGGGCAUGAAACGUGUUACGAGAUUGUGGAGUUACAAGUACUUAAAGUAUCUGGCUGGAAGCGCGGGAUUAAAUUGUGGCUUGGAGACAGAUAAUAUUUUUAUCAAAUCCGCCGGCUUGUUCUCGAGUGGCUUCCAUCAUCUCUAAGAUGCUUCCUCUUUUCCACGAUCUGCCCUACCAAAGAAAACCUUUAAAGGACCCGAC